AUGGAUCACGGGUGGGCACCCCACAGACGCAGUGCAAACGAGAGAGCUCUCAUGGAGUUGGUCCACCUGCAACUCCAACAUUUGGGUGAGACUAUUUGGUACCAAGGUAGUGGUAGUUGUGGGGGCCCGGCCGCUCAUCCUGUCCAGUGGGCGUUCACUGUUCAUACUGCUCAAUGUGCAUUCGUAUUGCUCAGUGGACAAUGUCCACAACCAGCUGAGAAGGUUCAACCCGCUGCCAACGUCGGGUCCAAUUGUUCACCAAACCCCACAGAGCGCAGGGGGCGCCGUGGUAUUCUUGUGGUCAUUGACGAGGGAGCGCCCUCUUGCACAGGGAAUGCUAUAGUGUUUGUGCAGAUAUGGGGACUGUGGCGCUGUUCGUGUAGGAUGUUUGUUUACGUGUUUGUUCCUCGCACGGAUGCAUCGACAUGA